CAGAGACUUUCUACUUCGAGCGCGCGGCCGAGCUACGUCGAGAAAUCGCCUGUUUCAGCUUAAUCCUGGUCAAGCUUGGGUACCAUAAUAUGUCUCGCCGUAUCUUGAGGGGUCAGCCCGUGCCGUCGCCGUCGUCAUUAUUUAUUUUGAUGAAAAGUUACAAAAAUGCCAACCAGAUGUAUCGUUGCUGGAUGUUGUAAUACUCCUAAAGAAAACGUUAGUUUGCACCGAUUUCCAAGAGACCCCAGUCUUCGUAAAGUUUGGACUUCGAAAGUAAAGCUUACUCGAGCUAACUGGGCAGGCCCCUCGGACACUAGUGUCAUCUGCAGUGUACACUUUGCGGAGACCGAUUUCGAAGACCCAGGAUUGUGGACAGAAUUUGGACUAAAAAAACAAAGGCGGUUGAAAGCAACGGCAAUUCCUAAAAUCAGGAGCAAUUCUUAUGAAGAACCGAAAAGGAAACAGAGAGAUUCAGUGGAGAAAAGGAAGAAAAUACGGAUGCUAGAUGAACUGCUUAGCCCUGGAAAUCCUGAAAGUACUCAUGAUGAUGAUGAUGAUGAUGAUAAUGGCGGUGAUGACAUCAAUAUGCCAGGACCAAGCUGGGCUACAGAUGCCGAUGUAGCACCCAUGCAGAUCUACAUUAGACUGACAGAAGUGAAUCAGUAUAUAACAUGUCACCUAUGUGGAGGUUAUCUAAUUGAUGCUACGACUAUAACAGAGUGCCUUCAUACUUUUUGUAAGAGGUGCCUUGUUUCAUACAUCAAGAAAAAUGAUCUUUGCCCAACGUGUGAUAUCCUUAUUCAUCCUUCUAAUCCAUUCUUGAGCAUCAAGCUAGAUCCAACAUUACAGGAAAUUGUCUACAAACUACUUCCAUACAUCCAAGAUGAUGAAAAAGCCAGGGAAGCAAGGUUUUGGAAGGAGAGGAAUCUUAAGCAGCCACAGAAAGAACUGCCACCUCCAGAGAAUGCUGUAUUGCCAAGAAAUACUGAAGUUCAUAUCGCAGUUCUUUUAGAGUAUGCAGGGGCAUCAGUUGGCUGUCCAGUCAUCAAGCCUCUAGAAAAGAAGUAUAUUCUUGUACCUAGCCGAGUGACUAUCUGCCAGAUACAGAGGUUCAUUGAGCACAAAUUAAACAUUGAAAGACCUCUUGAGGUUGACAUCGUCUGUGAUGAAGAUAUCUUAGAACCAGAUGUUAUGUUGAAACAGAUAUGGGCUCAGAGUACAGAAGAACAGAUGGAGGAUGGUUUGUUAUGCCUGUAUUAUAGCAUAUCAAAUAUACAAGAAGAACCCAGUUGAUGAAGUCAUCACUCCUGAAUACGUUUGGACAUAGUCAGGUGACCAGGAUGGAAUGGUUACACGUGAUCAGUCAUGUGACCAUUUACAAACUUCUUAAAAAUGUACUAUGAGUGUAGUGCAUGCAUUGCCUAAGACUACUUCCCAAAUACAGAACUAUUUCUGGGUUAGCAUAAUUAUUUAUUUUCAAGAAAGGGAUUAGGUAAACUGAGCGUGGCAACCACACAAUUCAUAUAAAAGGAAGUUAGAUGUUCAGAUGAACCCCCCCCCAAUAAAAAAAACAUGGCUGUCAAAAUACUAUCCUAUAAGUUAGUCUUCCUUUGACAUCCUUUAGAGUGGCAGAGUGGCUGUUUUAAGACUGGGGCCCCAUCUUACAUAGAGUUGUGAUUGAUCCAAUUUAUCUCAACUAUGGAAAACCAGUGACCCCUAAUAUCUUUAUUUAUGUCCAUUCAUAGAGGUUGUUGCAACAAAAACAUUAAACAAUCAAUUGCAAACUACAGUUGCAACUUAACAAGUGGUGGAAUCAAUUCCAACUAAAUCACAUUGUUUUCUACAUAUUGAUACAAGAAGUAGACGUCGAUCAAUUGCAAAUUUUUAACUAAUUGCAAUACCUAUGAUUGAUUUUGGGACCUUAAAUUGACUUGCCAUUGAUUCCAAGUUUCUUGCAACACUCCAAAGUCUUUUUCUCUUCUAAAUAUGAUGAAUAAUCCUACAUGCAUCAUUGUCAUGACAAGUCGGUCUGCACAAAAUGAUUCCCAAAGGAUUGUUAGGGUACAUUUCAUUUAUGAAAAUAAUGACAAUGAUGGAUUUCUUUUAAUAAGAUUUAAUGGAUCAAUCGCAACUCUUUGUAUUACUGGGUCCUUGGUGGGUGUUUCUUGAAGAAUGUGGUAAGUUACAAGCGACUUUUAAAUGACUGGUAACCCUGUCUUAGGAACUAAACCAACACCAUUGGAAAUCUGGUGUGUAUCACUUACAGGGAUGGUCCAGGCUGAAAAUAUUUGUAUCUUAAUACAUAGAGUAGA